CACGGCGACCCUAUUUGAGGUCGAGGCUUGGCUCAUACAGUGCUUUUGUGGGAACCAGCUCGGAUGUGGAGUCUGGACGGAUCCUUCGGUGCUGACCAAAGAGGGAAUCAUGUGCCCGAUUCCUCGUGGCAGCACUUUCGAGGGCGGCGGGCCCGGGCAAGACGGUAUUGAUCAUACACCACCAUGAACGCCGCGGACUGGGCGACGCUGCAUCGGAAAUCGACAACAGCAUAGCACCGCCACGGAUGGAAGAUGCCCGUCCCGAGGCAGAAGAAGUGGUGGUGCGAGUACCAAGCGAGCUGGGCGUAGGACUACCACUAGGAAGUAUACUAUGGCUGGAAGGAUGACGCUAUCUACGGUACCUGCGGUACAGCCACGGCAGAAGUCACUAUAGUGCCAUAGUGCCAGCACACCUCAAGCGUGCGGCCGGCAAUGGAUCGCGUAGCGAUUCAGAAGCUUAAGAGAGACUGUGCCCGCUCGAGCAUCAUGAAGCCAUGUCGUCCGCACGAACAUCAACAACACCAUGCACGUCCACCUUCUGCCCGCAGUCUUUGCUGCUCUGGUGACCGCUGUGUCCGCCCGCCAGCUUGUGCCAGCCAAACGUCAGGCGGCCGCAAAUCCCUAUGUCCCGACGGCGACAUCAUGUCCAACCUCAUUGAUCAGAAGCGCAGACUCCUCCCUCAACGCCGAUGAGCAGGCCUACAUUGAGCAACGGACUCCCAAGGCCGCUUCAGCACUCUUAGCAUGGCUCGCUCAAGCAUUGCAAGGCCUCAGUACGGAGCAAUUGCCGACAUUAGCUCUGGCUCUCAGUGGUGGUGGGACGAAGGCGGGCAUGACCACUGCCGGUGCUGUCUAUGGACUCGAUGGGCGGGAAAAUAGCAACUCGCCUGUCGCAGGUCUGUUGCAGAGUAUGACCUAUAUCUCAGCUCUUUCUGGCGGCUCUCUCACUUUGAGCGGAGUCAUGGCCAACAACUUCGAGAAGAUUUCUACGCUCCGGACUGCUUUACUGGAUGAGAGCUACCAAAACGCGGUAGCAGCGCCACUCGCGAAUGCAGCAGCAGUGCGCGAAGAUGUUGGCAACAAAAGUGCUGCUGGAUUUCCUACAACUUUGUUGGAUGCAUAUGGGAAGACGAUUUCCUACAAUUACAUCUCAUCAUCAGGCGGCAACGACCUCCACUGGUCCGACAUCACCUCGCAGUCGAGCUUCCAGGACCACGAGGCUCCGUACCCAAUUAUAACCAUUACUCAAGCAAAUGUCGCCGAGAACAUGUGCGACCCCAAUAAUGAUUCAGCUAUCUGGGAAAUUUCCCCUGCCGAAUUCGGAAGCUUUGACGAAAUGGUAGGAGCCUUCUACCCUACUAUGUAUAUGGGAACGAAGAAUUCAGACUCCAUCGGCGAAUGCAUUGUCGGCUUUGACAAUGCAGGCUUCCUCAGCGCUAUCUCAUCCAACAUUCUCAUCCCAACCAACGACGUUUGCACGAUCGGAAACUUCACUUCCAGUGAAUUCAACAACACUCUAGCCACCCUCAUUAGCACUCUGUUCCCAAACAUAUCAUCUUCCAAUCCCUAUGGCAUCAUUCCCAACCCCUUUUAUCAAAGCUCCGAGGCAGGCAUCAUCCGCUCACAGGAAAACAUCUACGGCACAGAUGGCGGCUACAGUGGACAAGUCAUUCCCAUCUUCCCCUGGCUCCAGCCCGCACGCGCCGUGGAUGUCAUUUUCGUCGUAGACGCCACCACCGCACUUCCCACCAACAUCACCAACGGAACCUCCGUCUACGAAACCUACCUCUCCGCUCAGAAAAAGGGUCUCCCCCGAAUGCCGCUCGUGCCCACACCCGACCAAUUAGUCCAACAGAAUUUAACCUCUCGAGCCCAAUUCUACGGAUGUCACGAUCCCUCUGUCGCGACGUUGAUCUAUCUCCCCAACACCGAAUUAGCAGAUGCCCCGACCGAAUUCCUCGCCACCCCCGAGCAGAUCAACAGUACCAUUGCAGGCGGCACAGCCAUGGUCACGCAAAGUCAAUCUGCAGAUGACUCUGCUGCUGAAUGGGCAUCUUGUCUCGCUUGUGCCAUUGUCCACAAGAACGUCACUACAGCCCUGCCAGAUGUGUGCACGGGUUGUCUGGAGAAGUAUUGUUGGCCUACAGAAAACGGUACGGACUCGUCAUCUCCAGGUGGAGGAGCAAAUACUGGUGGUGGAGGUGGAGGAUCAGGAACAGGGCCAAUCAAUGGAACAAUUCCAUACACAGGUACAGCUGCUGUGACGAAACACUCUGUUGGUACGGCGUCAGCGGUAGGUCUCGUAGGAUUGAUUUUCGCGAUGAUACUUUGAUAAGAAAAAAAGGAGGAAUCGCAUGAGUCGGUCAAUGUGUGGAUCGGAUCGGAUGUAUUUAUGAUAAGAUUCAGAAAAGUGAAUUACAAAGAUUUAUGAAGAAAAGAAAAAGUCAAGAAAA